CUGUGGUGUUGGGGUGGCUGCACACGUGCAGCUGCCUGCACUCUUUGUCCUGCUUCACAGCUUCACUGGCUGCCAUGGGUACUGCCUACAGGGAGAGGAGCUGAGAUGCUGCCUUUGCUUUUUGCUUUUUCUUACAUUGCAUUCCUUUCAGCAGUCAUGGUUAGCACCUAGUCGUUGCAUCGCGAGAGGAGUCUUAACCUAUUUUGCUCGGCUUCCGAGGCACAAUAACCGGAUUCCCGUAGGCGAUACCCAGCAAGGUCUGCCCACCUGGAAGAUGCUGGGAUGAUGCAUGUUUUGAGUGGAUCUAGUUGGGCUCCGGCCGGCCGGGUUUCUUUUGGAUGGUGCACAGAGAGGUUUUUGGUGUUUUUAUAUUUCACCCUGAUUUGGAAACCCCCCAUCCCAUCAGGAGAUCCAUGACCCGUUGUACGUACUGUUGUCAUCAUGUCCCCAGCAUCGGCUGCAACGGGCAGUGAAAGCAGCACCACCACCGUCCCCGAAGAGGAGUCGGACAGCCCCCGAGAGGAGCAGCGGCCCCAUAAACAAUCCCUGGCAAAAUCCUUGUGUCAGGAAACUCACUGGAAAUGCCUGCUGCUGUCCCUGCUGAUGUACGGCUGCGUUGGGGUGAUGGCCUGGUGCCAGGUGACCAAGGUGACACGCCUCUCCUUCGACAGCGCCUACAAAGGAAAGUCUAUGAUGUACCAUGACAGUCCCUGCUCCAACGGCUACAUCUACAUCCCUUUGGCCUUCUUGGUCAUGCUCUAUGUGGUCUACCUGGUGGAGUGUUGGCACUGCUACACUAGGAAUGAGCUGCAGUACAAGGUGGAUGUGGACAGUGUGGCAGAGCGCAUCCAGCGAAUGCAGCAGGCUACGCCCUGCAUCUGGUGGAAGGCCAUUAGCUACCAUUAUAUCAGGAGGACGCGGCAGGUGACGCGCUACCGUAACGGAGAUGCCUACACCACCACGCAAGUCUAUCACGAGCGAGUCAACACCCACGUGGCUGAGGCGGAAUUUGACUAUGGGAACUGUGGGGUUAAGGACAUUGCGAAGCAACUGCUGGGCCUGGAGGACUUCCCCAUCACCAGGCUGAGGUUCACUAAGUGCUUUAGCUUUGCCAAUGUAGAGUCCGAGAACUCCUACCUAACCCAGCGGGCAAGGUUCUUCACAGAGAACGAGGGCCUGGAUGACUACAUGGAAGCCCGUGAGGGGAUGCACCUGAAGAAUGUAGACUUUAAGGAGUAUAUGAUUGCCUUUUCUGACCCUAAUCACCUUCCCUGGUACGCAGCCAACUCCACUUUCUGGGUGGCAGCGGCUUUCACCCUCUCCUGGCCUCUGCGGGUGCUGACAGAGUACCGCACGGCCUGUGUACACUACCAUGUGGAGAAGCUGUUUGGCUUUGACUAUGUGCCAGUAACACCAUCUGAGGAGCGGCCGCAAUGCAGACACAUCCCACGAGUCAACACAAUUGACAGCACAGAGCUGGAGUGGCACAUCCGCUCUAACCAGCAGCUGGUGCCCAGCUACUCAGAGGCAGUUCUCAUGGACCUGUCCCAGCUUUCAGGAAGCUGUAACAACUACUCCGUAAGUGGAAGCUAUGGUAGCUACAGGCAGAACUGUGAACGCUGCCACCGUGCCAUCAGCAGCUCCUCUAUCUUCUCUCGCAGCGCCCUCAGCAUCUGCAACACGGGAAGCCCCCGUAUCCCCUUCAGCGCCAGCCGCUUUUCGCUGGGCCGGUUGUACGGCUCCAGGCGGAGCUGCAUGUGGAGGAGCAGCGGGAGCCUGAAUGAGCGGUCCUGCCCCACAGAAAGCACAAACUGUCUGUCAGGCCAGCAGGCCGGUGAGGAGAACCCUCCAGCCUACCAGGACGCUCUGUACCACCCAGUGCUCAUUGUACAUCGCAAUGAAGGCUGCCUCAACCACGACCACCGCUCCCUUCACAGAAAUGGCUCAUGUGUGGAAACUUCUCUAUGACCCACGGCUGCCAGACUGAGCAAGGCAUAUAAUGAUACAGGAACAGAGUGAGAAACCUAUUCACACCAGGGCCGAGCUAACAAGGACCUUUGAGUCUCCGUUUUUCAACAGAAGUCACAAGCCACCUGCAGGUAACCACAAACAAGGAUUUGUUCACGUUUCUAAAGAUACUGUAGCCUCCAACAGGAAAAAGUAUAUCUGGAAAAGUCCUUACAGUACGGUCAAUAAGUCAGGGAAAGACAGACUAGAUGCUAUUGUUUAGACUGUUGUUUAAAAUAAAAUGUGGCUUUAAAUGACAAAUUGCUAAAGUGUCAUGUACUGUCCUACAGCAUCCAUAAGGGCACAAGUCAAAUAACCAAGGAAUACCAGGGGAGUCACAUACAACUGUAAAUACCAUAUUUGUAGAUCUUAGUCACAGACAAGUAACACUUUCUAGAAUUUGAAGCCUAAAAUGGGGUUUGACUCAGCGAAAGCUUGAGAAAUUGCCAAGAAAUGCAAGGAAUAUGACAAUUAAUGGUCACAUGAAUGAGAAAUGAAGAAAUAUUGGUGAAAAUAAUAGACUCACACAUCAUGUGAGUGAUGAUUUCAUGUGAGUCAAUUGGAUGAAUAAUGAAGGAAAUGCAUUUUGCAAAUUGCAGUCUAAUGGCUGUUACAAAGUAAAGUUAACCAAGGCCUGAUCUAAUGAUCUAAACAUCUGCAUGUGAAACCUUUUGAUACUGGCUGAUUUAAAUCUGUUCAUUCAAAGUCAAUGCUCAUGGAAACACAUUUCAAAUGGAAUACAUUUCCAUAGUAUGAAAAUAAAUGUCUGAUGCAGUGGCUGAAAUAUCAAGUUAGCUGAAAUCAGCUUGGCUGCGAUGACAUUAUACUUCCCAGCUUGCUAAAUAUAGCAGCACCGUCGAUGAAUAAUUUAGCACAGGAGGGCUGAAGGACACAAAAACUUCAAACUCAAUCAACACUUCUUCUGUUACUAUAUACUGCAUUUAUAUAAUAAUUUCAUUCAGCCUACCUCCUUAUUUAAGUGCCUAGCCAUCAACUGUUACAAAUGAACAUAAGCUAACAUAACUCAAUCAUCAUCUCAUCUCAACAUCUCCCCAUUAAAACAAGUUGAAUAUACACUCCUAAUAGCGCAUUUUCUACAAUGCAUAGGAUAAAUGAAAAUUGUUUAAAAUACACAAGCUUUUAAGAAGCAGGCCCUAAAUGUUUUCAGAUGAUUUUCCUCAUAACAGGACACAACUCUCGUACACUGCUGCUGACGUGCUGUAUAUUAGAGACAGCCAGAGAGCUGGCCAUCUAAGAAGCUAGAAAUAGGCAGAGGCCUGGAUUCAUUACUGAUAGUGUCAGCUUUAUAAUAUGACAGGAUUACUUUAAAGAAA